AUGCCAUCGGUCACCAGGGACGUUCCUAUCCCCCGCGUCACGAAGUUCACAAACUGUCGUGUCCCCAGCGGGCAAAAGCUGAUCGAGCAGGAUCUCUGGGUUGAUUCUGUCUCCGGCAAGAUCCUUCAAGACCAGCAUGCCUUCUAUGAGGAUAAAGUGUGUCCUGAUCAGAUCAUAGACCUGGGCGGACGUAUCCUUGCUCCAGGGUUUAUCGAUGUGCAGAUUAACGGAGCCAAGGGGUUUGAUUUCUCGGUGCCCCAGCCAACCAAGAAGCUGUUCGAUGAAGGAUUGAAGGAGGCUGCUCAGGCGCUGGUGAAGAUGGGCGUUACUUCUUAUCUACCCACUGUCACCAGUCAGAGCAAAAAUGUCUACCCAAAGAUUCUCCCCUCCCUAGGUCCAUCGGGCCAUCUUCGUCGUGCUGAAGACGGCGCAGAAUCUCUCGGUGCCCAUGUUGAAGGCCCAUUCCUCAGUCCUGGGAAAAACGGCAUCCACAGCUCUGAAGUCCUGCUUGCCGCAGACGGAAUCGACGACCUCAUCCAAUGCUAUGGAUUGGAGAACUUCUGUCUAAACGAGGCAUCCCCAGACCCAAUGCCCAUCAAGAUGAUCACCGCAGCCCCAGAAGUCGGCAAGAUGCUUUCUCUCAUUCCAGCAAUUCAAUCACAGAAUAUCCUCUAUUCAAUCGGUCACUCUGACGCCACGUACGAAGAAGCUCUCGCCGCUGUCAAAAACGGCGCGAACAUGAUCACUCAUAUGUUCAACGCCAUGCGCCCCUUCUACCACCGCCACCCAGGCAUUUUUGGCCUCCUGGGUCAAUUCGAACAGCGCCGUCCGUUCUAUGGUAUCAUUGCUGACGGUAUCCAUCUGCACCCCACCAGCAUCCAGAUAGCGUAUAACGCUCAUCCGGCCGGUAUGAUUCUCGUGACGGAUGCGAUGAAGCUGUGCGGUAUGCCUAAUGGCAUCUAUGAGUGGACGAACGGCGACCGUAUCGUGAAAAAGGGCGCAAUGCUUACAUUGGAGGGGUCUGAUCGGUUGGCUGGAAGUUCCGCUACGCUGAUCGAAUGUGUCAAUAACUUCCGUCAAUGGGCUGGAGCAAAGACCGUCGAGGCAAUCGCAGCUGUUACUGAGACUCCGGCUAAGAUGUUGGGCAUUCAGGGUACGAAAGGAACCCUUGCUCCGGGAGCUGAUGCAGAUUUGGUGGUGUUGGGAGAAGAACGGUCCGCUGAUGGUGGCAUGGGAACACUGACGGUUGACCAAGUGUGGAAAUUCGGCGUGAAGGUGUUUGAUAAAGAGAAGGAGAAGGCAUGA